UUAAUUCCUUUUAGGGAAAAUAUAACGGCAAAAUCGGCAAAAUUGCUUAAUUUGCAAAAUCUUUUGUCGUUUUCCUAUAACGUAAAAAAGAAACACCUUUACAACGCGACUCACUUCUUAGCGUAGCCUAAUGUUCUGUACAGAGAGAGAAUCGAAGAAAAAUCGAAAGUUAACAAAUUUCCUGGCUUCUGUGGAAACAGAACAAAGGUCAAGAGAUCCCUCCUCGCUUAAGGAAAUUGAGGUAAUAUAGCCUUUGUCUCGCCGAACGGCCACCUGGACCGGCACCAGCGAGCUGGAUUGAAGCCUUCCCAGUUUCACUUUGUAGCCUUCGUUUUAUCUCAGCAAAUCAAAUUUAAUUUACUUUGUCAAUGCCAUUUAUUGAUUGAAUUUUUCAUUUAUUUAUUUUAUUUUAUUUUUUUUCACUUUUUCAUUUACAAGGAUCCCCGCGUAAAUGGAAGAGAGUUCGCAGAAUGUUGUGGGGCGACCGCGUCUCCCCAUUUUUCGCAGGAAACAAGCGUCCUACAGGCCUUUCGAGGAUCGCUACUCGUGGAAGGGAAAUACAACAGAAGUUACCUAACGAUCCUGCUAAAAAGCCUCCUUAUUUUGUGUCGUGUUUUGAUCUGGAUGAAAACACCGCUUUCUAUUCAGCGUACAAAGUUACUCCUGAGCAGGCUACAGAUCUUGGAAAGUUUAGCAUGAACGAUAUCAAAGUCUACAACUGGAGGAAUCCAGAUGUCCGUGGCCUGGACGACGCCUACUCUACAGCAAUUACGGACACGAUUGUAAGUCCGCUAAGCCGAGGACACAUGAACCCCUUGACGCUGAAUACGUUCGACAAAAGUUUCAUGAAAGCUACAUUCACUCUUUCCAACGCAGUACCACAGUUUGAGACAUCUAACGUCGGACCCUGGCACGCAUUUGAGACGCGAAUACGUAAUUACGCUAAGAAUACGUGUGGUCCUCGAGGUGGAACCCUGUAUCUUUUAACAGGAAAAUCUGACUACGGAGUGCGCAUUCAGGGCGGCAGUCCUGUGCAGGACACUACCACAGCUUUGCCUUAUCCUAGGGAAAAUUUCCCUGGAAAUGUAAAACUUGUCACUCCUCGUGCUGUGUGGACAGCAGGCUGCUGUGUCUGGGCAGAACCUGGCAAGUAUUUAGGAAAAUUGUGGGCAGCGAAGAAAGCGGAGUCCUUUGCGGUCAUGAGCAACAACAUGGAUGACGGCGCCUUGUUGCAUCAGACGGAGAUGAGCGUUUCUCAGUUAGAAAGGCUCCUUAGACCACCACUCUUGAAGGCGGUAAAUUUGUUUCCAGGGAAUAAAAAAUGUCGACGUGCUGAGAAUGAUAUAGUACUGCCUCAAUAGCAAGUCGAAACAGUUUGCGAGUAUUUAGUUUGCCAAGUUGGAAGAAGCCGAGCACGAGAGAUGAGAUAAACCUUAAGGACAUGUAAAAGCGGUUCCUCAAGGGAUCAUUGAACACAUUCUACAUUUAUUAGAAUAUUUGGUCCUGUUUAAAUCGUCAUCAGGCAUGUUCCCAGGAAUAAU